AUGGACAAAUUGCACGAGACGUUGAUAAAUAUGGAAGACACUUUGGGUUCGGAGCACUCUGUCUGCUUAUCCUCCUGGGACUGGAAGAACUCUACUGGGGCUUUCGAGCUGCACUCUGUCUCCUCUCCACACAGCUUGUCUCCAACGCCGUCCUUUGAGUCUUACUCCUCGUCCCCGUGCCCGGCAGCAGCCGAGACCCCAUACAGCGGUGGCGGCCUGGUGGGCUACGGCCUGGUGGACUUCCCCCCAGCCUACCUGCCCAGCCCCGGUCAGGCCCGGCUGCCCAAGGGCACCAAGGUGCGGAUGUCAGCUCAGCGCCGGAGGAAAGCCAGCGAGAGGGAGAAGCUGCGGAUGAGGACCCUGGCCGAUGCGCUGCACACACUGCGCAACUACCUGCCGCCCGCCUACAGCCAGCGGGGACAGCCCCUCACCAAAAUACAGACCCUCAAGUACACCAUCAAGUACAUCAGCGAACUGACGGAGCUCCUCAACAGCGUCAAGCGGGUGUAG